GUGCGCCGGGGAUGGCGGUGACAGUGACGCUGGAGCCCGUGGGCCGCUGCCGCUGGGACGAGCCGGUGCGCAUCGCCGUGUGCGGCCUGGCCCCGGGACAGCCGGUCACGCUGCGCGCGUCCCUGCGCGACGAGAAGGACGCGCUCUUCCGAGCCCACGCGCGCUACUGCGCCGACGCCCACGGCCAGCUGGACCUCGAGCGCGCGCCCGCGCUGGGCGGCAGCUUCGCGGGGCUCGAGCCCAUGGGGCUCCUCUGGGCUCUGGAGCCCGAGAAGCCUUUUUGGCGGUUUCUGAAGCGGGACGUGCAGACGCCCUUCGCCGUGGAGCUGGAGGUGCUCGAUGGCCACGACCCUGGCGCCCAGCGGCUCCUGGGCCGCGCGGUGCACGAGCGCGACUUCCUGGCGCCCGGGGUGCGGCGUGAGCCAGUGCGCGCGGGCCGGGUGCGCGCCACGCUCUUCCUGCCGCCGGGACCAGGACCUUUCCCAGGGAUCAUUGACAUCUUUGGUGUUGGAGGAGCCCUGUUGGAAUAUCGGGCCAGCCUUCUGGCUGGCCAUGGCUUUGCCACAUUGGCUCUAGCUUAUUGUGACUUUGAAGAUCUUCCCAAGAAAUUCGACACCAUACACCUGGACUACUUUGAAGAAGCCCUGUGCUACAUGCUUCAACACACCCAGGUUCCAAUGACUCAGCAUUCUCUAGUGGAUGACUCUCUGGAAGUUUGCAACGAAUUCCCAAAUUUGCCAGUAAAGGGCCCUGGCAUUGGACUUCUGGGCAUUUCUUUAGGGGCUGAUAUUUGUCUCUCCAUGGCCUCAUUUUUGAAGAACAUCUCAGCUACAGUUUCCAUCAAUGGAUCUGGCUUCAAUGGAAACAAAGCCAUAUACUACAAGGAGAAUAGCAUUCCACCACUGGGCCAUGACCUAAGGAGAAUGAAGGUAGCUUUUUCAGGCCUCCUGGACAUUGUGGAUAUAAGGAAUGAUAUUGUAGGGGGAUGUGAGAACCCCUGCAUGAUUCCAAUAGAGAAGGCCCAGGGGCCCAUCCUCUUCAUUGUUGGUCAGGAUGACCAUAACUGGAGGAGUGAGUUAUACGCCCAGAUAGCCUCUGAACGGUUACAGGCCCAUGGAAAGGAAAAACCCCAGAUCAUCUCUUACCCUGGGACUGGGCAUUACAUUGAGCCUCCUUACUUUCCCAUGUGCCCAGCUUCCCUACACAAAUUACUGGACAAACCUGUGAUCUGGGGUGGGGAGCCCAGGGCUCAUUCUAAGGCCCAGGUAGAUGCUUGGAAGCAAAUUCUAACCUUCUUCACCAAACACCUUGGAGCUUGCCCCAAAUUGUAAUGCCCCAAAUUGUAAUUGGUCUGUUAUUGAUAGGAGAGAUUCAAGGUCAGAUUUUAGUGUUUAAUAAUCUUAUGUGAAUCACUUGUCCCCUGGAUAACAUUAAAUUCAUGUCAUUGGUAUUAAUGCUAUAUUUUAGGUUACUUUUUUGAGAUUAAUUUUGUCAUUAAUUUUUCUAAUGUAACAAAUGCCUAUUGUAGAAGAUCCAAUUAGAAGUAUACAAUACUAAAUAGUAAAAAGUAU